AUGCAGCUUUAUAACACAGAUGAAUCUGGAUUAUUUCAUCGUUUCCUGCCCGAUAAAACAUUUGUCGCGGCAAACGAAAAGACGGCACCUGGCCGAGAAAUAGCAAAGGAUGGAAUCACAUUUAUGUUGUGUGUGAACGCAGAUGUUCGCAAAUUUUCUGCUGAAAAUAAUUUACCACCAAGGGCAUUAUUGCUGAUUGACAACUGUACUGCACAUAAACCAAUUGACAAGUCAGAUGAUGGAAACAUUGCGGCAAUGCUUUUACCACCUAACGUGACAGCUGUUUUGCAGCCCAUGGAUCAAAAUCCCAUAAGACUGGUCAAGUUAGAAUACCGGACUAAACUGUUAUGGAACAUUGUAGCACAAGAAAACAUUUCGAUUGAGAAUAUUUUGAAAGGACAUUCAAUUCGUGAUGCCAUCUUGCUGCUUAAAUUAGCUUGGGAUGAAUUGCCAAGAGCUGUGCUUAUAAAAGCUUGGAAAAAUAUAAAACAGUGGGGCGAUGAUCAAUACGACAGCGAAGACGAAAUUCCAUUGCUUACAUUGAUUAGAUCAAAUAGUUCUCACGAUGAUACACUUCGAGAGGUACAAUCGUUAUGGGCCAAGGUGGGUGGUAGUGACGUCAGCAGUGAAGACAUCGAAAAUUGGAACGACGAUCAAAAUACGGAAGAUGAUGAAGAUUUCGAAGAGUCUGACAAUGAAGAUGAAGAACCAGUUGUCGAGGAAGAUAUGCAACAACAGAAAGACAGUUUUUCCGAAGCAGUUGAAUGCAUCAAUACCUUGAUAAAGUGGUAUGAAAACAAUAAUGAUGCAAAUCAGAUAUCACAUCUUAUUAGUAUGCGUACGAAAAUUGUCAGGAGCUUUUACACAAAAGAAAAGAAACAAACAAGUCUCGACCGCUUCUUUAAACCAGCCCUUACAAAUUAA